AAUCUAAAUGUUAAAAUGAAAUUACUAGAUGAGAUAAAAACAGUUUUCAAAGACAAUCUAACUAGACCAAUAACUCUGGAUGACCUUGACAAGUUAAGAUAUUGUGAAGCAAUUAUUAAAGAAACGUCAGGAAUAAGGCCUGCUGUUCCUCUUGUGUCAAGAUAUACUAAUCAUGCUGAUGAAAUAGCAGGAUAUCCUUGGCCAUCAACUACAGACAUUUUAUUCAUAAUAUUUUAUGAACCUCAAGAAAUUAAAAAUCAUAAAUUUUCAUUUUCAAUGUUUGGUGGAGGUUUAAGAGUCGACAUUGAACUUGUAGAUAUGAAUGCACCUCUUAAAAUCAGGAAUUCAACAUCCAUUAUUUGCGAAAAUUUAGAUAUCAGAAUUAUCCAUAAACAACCUACAAAUUAG